CAAUGGGGAUGACUACGGCCUGAUAUACCGUCACAUCAAACUUGGCUAGGAGAUUUAUGAAAUACAAGCCUGGAAGAACUGCUUGCUCGUGAAGAUGGAUGCCUGUUUAGAUGCUUUACAUUCUUAAUUUGUCACUAAAAGGAACAAUGAUGCAGUGCACUUGUGUGAACUUGCUCCUUGUCAUUUUACCCAUUUAUCUGGCUGCUGCUGAUCAACCAGUGUCAGUUCCUUAUGAGGAUGAUGCAGGAUAUGAUGACCUAAAUGAUGGGACCAACAAGAUUCAUCCUGACAACUAUGUUGUUAGUUUUACUAAGCCAGAAAAUGUUUCUGAGGCUAGUAAUGGAGCCCUGGAUAACUUCCUUGUGAGCCUCAAGGAAGCCAAGGGACCUGCUGCAGAUUUCCUCCAAGGCAUUGACAUCAGAACUGGUGCCAAGAGGCUUUCAUCUCACUUUGUCAACUUGGCCAUGGUUGAUAUGGGAGUGAAAAACCUGCAGUCCGUGUAUGACCAGCUACCAGCGGCCUCGCCGGAGCCUACUGCCGCCGACAUUCAGGAGGUGAAGCGGCUCGCCUCGCACAUCCAGGCCAAGCUGCACCGCUACGUGGGCGCACUGUGGCGCACACGCGGCGUCAUUGAGGAAAUGUUCUGGAAACAUCUGCACGAUCCGAUGACGACGGUGACGCCCUGCUGCUCGCUGGAUGACAGGGACCUCAAGUACUCGCUCAAGUUCGGCUCCCCAGUGAACCUGAACGCCACGUGCGACAUCGCCCCGAGCGUGCUGGAGCCGUUCGCCUUCAACCCUGGCCGCAACGUGACUGAUGCAUUCAUUGCCAAUCUGCAGAGCCACCCGUCCAUCAAGUGGCAGUACUUUAUCUCCAAGGACGGCAUCCACAGCGAAUACCCGGCUCACAAGUUCGCCAGCCAGCACGACUGCUCAGGAUACGACGACACGCGGCACCAGCAGGUGUACCUAUCCACCGUGCACCCGGCCGCCAAGCACGUGGUGAUUCUGAUUGACGUGGGCGGCCGGCCGAGCGGUCACCAGCUGGCCGUGGCGCGCGCCGCCGCCCGCCGCCUGCUGCACGCGCUCGGCCACACCGAUCGUGUGGCCGUGCUGGCCGUCAGUGACCGGGUGCAGCGGCCGGCCACCCGCGCCUGCUUCAAACACGGCCUCUCGAGCGCCACCGGGGACGCUAAACACUUCCUGGCGGGGUUCAUCGACGGCUGCCGGCCGGACAGCGCGCCGACGAACCACACGCUGGGCCUGGAGGCGGCGUUCGAGCUGCUGACCCGCGUGCCGUCGCUGCGGGACCGCUCGGGCCAGGCGCUGGUCGUCUACAUCAGCCGCGGCGUGCUGGGCUCGCUGUUCGAGCCGCAGCAGGUGAUGAAGGUGAUGGCCGCCUACCAGCGCGCCAUCAACGCCUCCGUCAUCGUCAGCGCGUUCGGCGUGGCCAGCGACUGGCAGAGCAACCUGGAGCGUGAUUUUCUGGAGCACAUCACCCGCCAGGACUUCUCUCGGUACAACAUCAGCCUGCAGAAGCGGCUGACCCCCGGCAAGCUGUUUGUCAUCAACUCGACCGACCAGCUCACCUUCCAGGUCGGCAAGAUAUUCGACGUGCUCAACAGCUCCAUCGCCAGCGGAAAGCUGCCCAACUUCUCACUGCCCUACUGGGACCUCGUCAGUAAAGACCUUGUGGUGAGCGUGACGCAGCCGUGCUACCACGUGGACUACUUUAUCGGCAUCCUGGGCAUGGACCUGCACCUGCCCGACCUGGUGGAGGACAUCACCUACUUCAGCCAGACGGGCGGACGAUAUGCCUUCAUCAUUGAUGAUCACGGUUACACGCUGAUGCACCCGUCGUUCGCUCGGCCGCUGGUGAAGCCUCGCGACGCGUUCCACUCCGAUAUCAGCAGCGUCGAGCACCGGCCUGGGUUCGCGGCCGUGCGGCGGCGUCUGCUGGCAGCCAGCUCGGGGUCGGAGGUGCUCCGGUACCGCCUCUGGGACCAGCGCGGCUUUAACGUCACUGUCCGCGUGCUGUACACGUGGCAGCGGGUGCAGGACUUUCCGUACACAGUGUGUAUCGCCUACCCGGACGAGCGGCGCGAGCGGCCGCCCGCGGCCCCGUCCUCUCCGCCGCUGGACCUCGUCUACCACAGGAUCGACCUGAGCCGGUCCCAUAAGGUGGCGCUGUGCCGCCAGUUCCGACAUGUGGCCACCAUGAGCUCGGCGUCGCUGUUCCUGUCGGCCACAGCGUUCCUGUCUCCGUACGACCACCUGACCGGCUUCGAGCCCUCCUACCGGGUGGUGCAGGGCUACAUGGCCUACCUCAGCGACUCUACACGCCUCAUCACCAACCCGGGCCUGAAGCGAACCGUGAGGGACGAUGUGGCGAUGACCAGCCGCGUCACGGCACACUGGCGGCGGCGGCUGAUGGAGGCGGCGACCACCAGCCGGUACACCGUCAGAACGUUCGUGGCGACGUCUCGCGGGGUGCUGGUGGUGUACCCGGGCCUCCCCCUGGACACCUGGUACGAACCCACGAGACGGAGCUGGUACCUGCGCGCGCUGGAGCAUCCUGGACGAGUGGUGCUCUCGUCACCCUACCUGGAUGCCGGUGGAGCCGGCUACAUCGUCACUCUGAGCCAGACCAUCAGCACUGCGGGCGGCACCGUGGCCGCCGUCAUGGGCAUGGACAUGACGAUCGGAUACUUCUACCAGCUGCUGGUGUCGGUCCUGGGCGGCCGGUGUCAGACCCCGGAGGUGACCUGUUUCCUGCUGGAUGACCGCGGCUACAUGAUCUCCCACCCGGAGCACGUGUCGCCGUGGCGCGAGGGGCCCGUCGAGCAGCAGCACGUGUCCAGCAAGGAGCCCCUGCUGGCCAACCACAUUCUCAGUCAGCAGCAGUUCGUAUCCAAGAAACAGUGCAACAGCUACACGGACAACACAGUGCAGCGUUACUACCAGUUCAACACGUCGAUGCCGGACGUAGUGACCAACGUAGGAGCCGUUGGUGACUACUGCAAACAGUACCAGAUCGUGGCAGUGCCCGGCACCAACGUAUUUGUCGGCGUGGUCAACCAGACGUGCGAUAACCCUGCGUUCUGCGCCUGCAGUCGGGACGACCGCGGGUGUCUGAACUGUGAGCGCAUGGAGGCCUGGGAGUGCGAGUGUCCGUGUGAGUGCCGGCUGCGCACGGACCUCUGCACGGAGGAGGUGCUGGACCAGCACGACACGUGCGGUGCCGUGCCGGAGACGGUGUACGGGCCGCGGGUGGACAGGGACGUCUCCCACCUGGCUGACUGUGUGCCCGUCACCUGCCAGACGCGGCAGAAUGCCAGUGAGUGUGUGGGCGUGCUGGGCUGCGAGUGGUGUCAGCUGGAGGCCGACGGGCGCACGCCCCUCUCUCGGCCCUUCUGCACCGACAUGGAGCGCUGUUUCCGCGGCGUGCUCGGUGCCGCCUCGCCGUACGGAGACCGCGGACCGGGUGUGCGCGCUGGGGGUAUCCUGCCGGCCACCAGCUCGCCGGUCGGCCCGGUGGCCGGCGGCAUCAUCGGCGCGUUCGUGUCGUUGGCACUGGCCGUGCUGUGCUACCGGCACCGCGCCGCCGGCCGCUACCGGCAGGCCGUGCCGUUGGCUCUCGAGGAGGAGGAGGACGAGGUGGCGGAGCUGGAGCUCGAGCCGCCGCCACCGGCCGCCGUCAACCGGCUGGCGCUGGCGCCCGCCGCCGCCGUCUCGCCGUACCGCCUGAACCCGGGCUACCGGCGGCCGGCGGCCGGCACAGAGUCCGACCACGGCUACUCCACCAUGACUCCGCACGACGAUUCGGAGGCCGCCGGCGAGCCGGACCCCGUCCGCGCCGCUUCGCCCGCCUCCUCAAUGCUGUCGUCUCCGCCGCCGUCUGCGCCGGUGCCGCUGCCCGAUCAGACUGCGCUGCGGCCGCACCAGAUUCGUGCCGAGGCGCUGGUCCACGCCGUGGACGCCGUGUGAGUGACGCCGCGGCCGGCUCGUCCGCGCCGCGCCGCGUCUGCCUUCGCUGUGCCAUUUACUAGCCGGUCGGAGAUUGCUGCCGCUCGCCGCUAGCCUCUGCGACUGAUACCGAGCCGCCGUGCUGUCGUGUUCUAGCCUGGCUUUGUGCGGGAGUGCCACUCCGCGCCGGGCCACUUGAGUCGCCGGGAAGCCGCGUUUUUGCGGUGUUUUGCUGAUUUACUCUCGUGUCUUGUGUUCAGCUGGGCCGACCAGCGAGUCGGUCUCUGCCACUGUUCUGCGUUUGUGUGUGUGUAUGCGUUUGUUGACAGAUCGUGAGAUAUCUCCGCGCAGCGACUGGCGAGCGAGAGAUCUGUAGAGGUAAUUAUGCCGUCUCGCGGAUACUGCGAACGCCAGAACGAGCUUCCAGCAUCGCUGUCUGAGGACACGGUGGACAGCUUCCACCGCUGUCUGUGGAAGCGGUGGACGGCUUCCACCGCUGUCUGUGGACGCGGUGGGCGGCUUCCGCCGCUGUCUGUGGACGCGGUGGACGGCAUUCCACGCGGUGGACGUCGCUGCGAACGCGGGUGGUGCCAAAUGUACAAGUCGUGGCCUUAUCCCCCACACCGCUGCUAUUACUGUGAAUAAUUGUGAAGCUAGUGUGCCUGCAAGUGUUCAUGUUUUUUAAGGCGUAAUGCAUUUUACGUGCAUUAGUUUUUUCACGGCAGCAUGCGGCGUGAUAUGGGCAUAUUUUAGUCCUUGUUUUCGAACUAUCUUUGUACAUAUUGUGCGACUGUGCGCGUUUUGUAUAAGCGAAACCUGCGGAUCACCAGGCGCUGUGUUCUGACUGCUCGCUCGCAAUCAGCCCUGCUACCCAUAUAUUUUGUGAUUUGAGAAGACAAUCGUUAUCACGCUGAUCGCGAAUCGAUGCGUUUUUGAGGCGGCUCGCGGAGUCUGUUUAAUCUAUCGAGUGGCUGGUGCCAGCCUAUUGACCUUGUGCGCCGUCUUGGUGCGGACCUGUGACCGUGGCGGCUCGCUGUGCUUUGGCUGCGACUGACAAAGCUGCGACGUUUAGUGGUGCCUGGCCGGUGUUCGACGUUGUCAGUCAGCCUCCCGAGAGGCAGCGGCUGAACGGACGCCCGCGUACAGACCAACGCUUUUCCUUGUACAGAAGCUGCAGAAACGAAAUGAAGCGUGACGUUCUGA